AACAUACCAAAUAUACCUAUUUACUUAUAUAGGUCACUCAACGUGAGCCAUGGGAACACAUUAAAGAUGCUGAAAUAAAAAAGAUUGCUGCGUCAUUUUGUGGGGAGAUUUGGCAAGUUCCACCAAUGUUCUCCGCCAUCAAAGUUGGAGGUGAAAAGAUGUAUGAUAAAGCAAGACGAGGAGAAACUGUUGAGCUUGCACCCAGGCGGAUCUCUGUAUUCCAGUUUGACAUAGAACGGAGCUUAAGUGACAGACAAAAUUUGGUAUUUCGGGUUACCUGCUCGAAAGGGACAUAUAUCCGGUCUCUCUGUGCAGAUCUUGGAAAGGCUCUUGGGAGGUACAACAUUUCUGACAGCUGAUAUUUAUCAACUAUGUUAAUUUCUC